UAACCAUGUAGCAAACAAGCAGCAGUGUAGUUGAGAGUGAAGAGAAAAGGAAAUUAGAAAGAGAGGAGAAGAAAAAAGGAGAGAAAAUAACAAUGGCUGCUGUCUCAAUGAAGUCUUGCAUUUGCCUUGUUGUGUUUGCUGUGUUUCUGGGAAUAUCUGGGUUUGCUGCUGUGGAUGGAGCAGGGGAGUGUGGGAAAUCCACCACCCCUGACAGGGAAGCUUUCAAGCUGGUUCCUUGUGCAUCGGCUGCACAGGAUGAGAAUGCUGCCGUUUCAAGCCAGUGCUGUGCUCAGGUGAAGAAGCUGGGCCAGAACCCAGCUUGCCUCUGCGCUGUGAUGCUCUCCAACACUGCUAAGAGCUCUGGCGUGAAGCCGGAGGUUGCCAUGUCCAUCCCCAAGCGCUGCAACCUCGCUGACCGCCCUGUGGGUUACAAGUGCGGAGCUUAUACAUUGCCUUGAAGUUAUGGUGCUGGAAGUGUUGACUCUAUGGUGACCUUUGUGACUUUGUGUAACGUUUUAAUGUACUUAGUGGUGCUAAUGUACUGGAGUGUUACAGAUUUGUUGCUUGCUGGUUGAUCUAGCUCAAGCAUAUAUGUACAACUACUGUGACAUCCAGACCUAUCCCAAAUAAUGAAUUAUGAUUGGAUCAUAAGAAGUAAAAAUGUCUGCUUUGCGGCUGGCUUGUGCAGUUGUUGUCAUGUUUUUUGGUUGAUUUUAACUCUCUGCUAGUGGCUGUUGAGGGAGUCUGCAACCUAACAGGAAAGGACAUAUCUGGCCUCUGUUGCUGGCUUUCUGGUUUGGGUAAGGCCAAUAGAGAAGUGAAUCAGAUGGAAUCCAAUGAAGUUUUAAGCCCCUAAGCUUAAACUGUGAAACACCAUGACAGUUCUUGACCUUAACUACUGGUUUGAGCUAUGACUUCACAGAUUGUGCUUCUCUAGAACUAGUUUGGUUGGUUUGCUUGUUGAGAAAUUAUCCUUGUACGGAUGAAUGUGAUUAUCCUGCUGAAUUCUAAUUGGUAAGCAGCACACUUUACAGAUCAGCAUUCAUCCUAAUAUUUCCUGACAAAAUGUUAAUUUGAGGAAUCAGAUGGGGUAAGCAAUAAGCAUCAUUCUUGCAAGUUGCAGCCACCUCUUUCAUUCAGGCCUAGUAUGGCUUAAUGGUGCCCUCUUUCAUUGGGCCUUGUAACCGCCAACAUAGUUGGACUUAGAUCUUUGGUCCACCAAACUCCUCAUAAAUGUCAUAUUUGGUCACUGAAAUUAUUAGAAAAAAUUAAUAUUAAUUUUGGUCACUUGAAUUACUGAAACAUGUCUUCGAAUUAUUGAUAUCAUUUGAUUUAUACAUGAUAUAAGAUCUUAUUUAUUGUCUUUGAGGUCAUGUGUUUGUGUCUUCCUAACCGCCAAUAUUAAUUGUUGUCUUAAAAAAUAUGGUAUGCAGUAUUGCUCUACAAAUUUCAAGUUCAUAAAUUAACUUUGGACUGUGAACUAUUAUGGCUAGUUUGUUUAUCACAAGAACUACUAUAUACACCUAAAGGAAAUAGAAAUGAGACUUUUUAGGAGAUUUGCUAGGACUCGAGUAUAUGAUCCCUAGAUUAUGGACUAUAAACUCUUUUCUUGCCAGUGAGUAUAGUGAUGAACAUAAUGUUUCUUAUAUUUAUUUUGGUAUUUCUAUAAUUCAACUUCUAUAUGCAACUAAAUACUAGUCCGGUUUGCACUUCACUAAAAUUGACAGACAGGUUCCAACAUAACUGAAGUUAAGUGAACUUGUAGGAAUCUUAUGAUCUUUGGUAUUGCAUCAGUGUCCCCCAUAUACAAAUAACUGAAAUUUUUGGAG